AUGGCGCAGCCGCCACCUGAAGAUGGUAUUCCAGCUACGAAGAACGCUGCUAGUCCCAGUGCAACUAACUCCACCGUGCAGCAAACACACGGUUCUUCGACUGUUGCUGCUGCUGCUGGAAAGGCUGUGGCUACUACAUCAACGGCAACAGCGAAGACAACGGCGCCGCCCCCGCCCAAGAAAGAGCAUCCAACUAACGCGGAGCAACGCCGGACGGACUGGAGCAUCAUCAAACGGCUCAUGGUUAAUGUGUGGCCGAAAAACGACUGGAAGACGCGGUUGACGGUGCUUGGUGGGUUUGGGUUGCUUGUCCUCGCGAAGGUGUUAAAUGUGCAAGUGCCGCAAAUUUUCAAGUCGGUAGUGGAUUCGCUCAACGUGGAUAUAACGUCUUCGUCGACAGUGUGGGUGCUUGCUGGGUCGCUGAUCAUUGGAUAUGGCGCAGCGAGAAUCGGCGCAACACUCUCAAGCGAGCUGUUAAACGCAGUAUUUGCCAACAUUAGCCAGCGUGCAGUGCGCAAGGUCGCAAGGCAGACGUUUGAGCAUUUGCUUAAUCUCGAUCUUAAAUUCCACCUGAGCCGGCAGACGGGUGGGUUGACGCGGGCUAUUGAUCGUGGGACCAAAAUUGCGCCUACUGCGCUGGAAAUUAGCAUGACAUAUAAGUUUGGAUGGGACUUUGCAGCUAUUACUGCUUUGGCGAUGGUUGCGUAUACUUGGUUUACUGUACGGACGACUUCCUGGAGAACUCGUUUCAGGCGAGAGGCUAAUCAGGCCGACAACAAAGCUGCUACCGUUGCAGUCGACUCAUUGAUCAACUUCGAAGCUGUCAAGCAUUUCAACAACGAAAAGUAUGAAAUUGCACAGUACGACAAGCAUUUGGCGGAUUAUGAAAAGUCGAGUGUGAAGAUUACGACGUCCCUGGCGUAUUUGAAUUCGGGGCAGAAUGUCAUCUUCUCGAGUGCGUUGACGCUGGCAAUGUUUUUGGCUGCGCAGGGUGUUGUGAAUGGUACUAUGACUGUCGGAGAUUUGGUCAUGGUCAACCAGCUGAUUUUCCAGCUGUCGCUGCCUCUCAACUUUUUGGGCACGAUUUAUAGGGAGAUGAGGCAAAAUCUUUUGGAUAUGGAGGUGUUGUACAAACUUGUUGAGGAAAACACACCAGCAAAGGACGCAGAAGACGCGCAACCGCUAACUCUCAACGGCGGAUCGAUUCGGUUCGACAACGUCGCGUUCGCAUACCACCCUGACCGGCCCAUCUUCCGCAACCUCUCUUUCACGGUACCCGCCGGGAAAAAAGUAGCCAUCGUCGGACCCUCAGGGUGCGGCAAAUCCACCGUUUUCCGCCUUCUCUACCGAUUUUACGAGCCAUCUUCUGGGCGAAUCUUCAUCGACGGGCAAGAUGUGACGCGGGUGCAGCUCGAGUCGCUCCGGCGCAAUAUCGGUGUGGUGCCGCAGGAUACGCCGUUGUUCCAUGCGGAUAUUAUGCAUAACGUGAGGUAUGGAAGGCUGGAUGCGACCGAUGAGGAGGUGGUAGAGGCUGCUAGGAAGGCUAAUGUGGAUAAGACAAUCGAGAGGUUGCCUGCUGGGUAUGGGACGAUGGUGGGUGAGCGCGGGUUAAUGAUUAGUGGUGGGGAGAAACAACGAUUGGCGGUGGCGAGGGUUAUGUUGAAGGAUCCGCCGAUUUUGUUCUUUGAUGAGGCUACUUCUGCUUUGGAUGCUCAUACCGAGUCGGAGCUUAUGAAGAACAUCAACACGGCACUACUGGAUAAAGCACGUACAAGCAUCUUCAUUGCUCAUCGUCUGCGCACCGUUGUUGAAUCCGAUUUGAUCAUUGUGCUAAGAGAAGGCGAAGUGGUCGAGCAGGGUACACAUGAUGAGCUUAUGAAGCUGCGAGGGCUAUAUUAUAGCAUGUGGCAACAGCAAGCUUCGCUGGAGAAGAUAGAGGAGGAAGGUGAAGAGGCGUUGGAGGGUUAG